AUGUCAUCGAAGCAGCAGAGUGAGCUUGAUGCUGCUACCCAAGAGAAGAUCAUCGAUUUGUUCGAUAACGAAGCGAUAUGGGAUGCCGACGAUACAGACGGCUACAUCAUACAAAUUUUCCACGAGCUCAAGGCUGCUGGUGCCAAAAUUGCCACACUCAAAGAUCAGGGAUGGAAUACAUUGCUGCAUACAGCGUCGCUCUGGAAUCGCUCCAAGAUUAUGGAGGAGCUCAUUCGCCGUGGAGCUCCGCUGAACGAGAAGAACAAGAACGGCCACACACCUCUGGAUUUGGCCAUGCAUUGGGGACACUUUGAGAUGGGACAGCAGCUCCGGCACUACGGAGGCAAACACACAUGCGAAAAGGAGCGCGAUAUCGCGAUUUCACAGCGAGAUUUGGCUCAGCAGCAGCUCAAAAACUGCGAAUUAGAGUACGAACACGCCGUUGGAUCGCUCAAACGAGCUAAACAGGAGCGUGAACAGCUUCGAAUCGAGCGAGAUCGACUCGUGGUAUUGCGUGCUCAAGUUGUGGAAGACUGCGCGUCACUGGCCAACCAAGUCGAGGAUUUUCGAAGUGCUGUGGUGUCUCUUACUAAGGAGCGCGAUGCGUUGCAUAUUCAAAAUGCUCAUCUUCAAAGUGAACUGGUUUGUGAGCAGACAGCGCGAAACAAUGCAGUGCAGAGCUGGAAAAUGGCCGAGAAAGUCAUUGCUGAGUUGCAACAGAUACAAGAAGAGUGUCGAGAGCGUGAGGAAGAGGCAUUGAGGUUGCGUAAUGAAGCGAUUCAUGAUCGAGAUGUAGCACGCAAGCGAGCCAAAGAGGCUCAACUGGACCAGGGGAUUGCUAAGCAGAACCAAAUGGAACUGGAACGAGAACGAGAUCAGGCGAUUGAGCGUUUGCUUCAGAACGAAUCUGAAGUUACUCAUGAUAAAGAAAAGUGGAGGAAACUCAUGGCAAAAAUUGAGUUAGAGCGUCGGAACAUUCAGAUUGAGAUCGACCGACAAACCGAAAUUUUACGUUGUGAGAAUGAGAAAUUGGAGAAGACGGUGACAACGCUCACGGUUUCUAACACUCGACAAAACGCAGACAUUGAACGGAGUCAGUUGACGAUUUUAACAAUGGAAAGGCAGCUUGGUCGGUACAAGCAGGAGUUAGGUACUGUGACAGAACAAAAUACAAAGUUAAAAGAGCAAGUGGGUGCUCUGUUGGAAGAAAGGAGACUGGAAUACAAGUCCUGGCGAACUCAGCUAGAGAUCAAGAUGCAACAAGAAUUCUCGGACGAUCUCAAAAGAAUCUUAGAAGCGGUUAUCACGACGUGGAAAGCGCUUCAGACUUGUCAACAACACAUGAGCACUUUGAAUGUUACUACUGCUCAACCUCGAGCCUCGUCACCGUCGCGUACCCCUGCUAUCAUGUCUUCUAUCUUUCAGAAUCAACGGCCCCAUACAAGUGCAACAGGCUCCGGUAACUCGGGAUUCCUGCCAUUUAUUCAGGAAGCUCCAGCAACGGGGUUAAAAGGAUCGAUCUCUACCUCUGUGCUAUCUGAACCUUCACAGCUUAGUGAUAUCGUGUCGGAUGCGGUUCUCACUGAUCGAGAACAAGCGAUUGUUGACCACCGUGCACAAGCCGAAGCUGCCCUUAAAGAUCUGUCGAUUGGAAUGACCUCUGAGCAGAUUGUACAGCUCUGUACAUUCGUCCAAACCUUCGUAGGGGAUGUGACGGCAUACAUUUCAGCUAACUUACAGCGACUCCGGAGGCGAGCACAUGCUCAAGACAAGAUUAUUGAGCGCAAGGGUGAACUUAUCCAGCGGUUCACUCACCAUCGAGAAGAGAAGGCAAAACGUCAAAGCCCCGCUCGAUUCCGGGAUUGUUCAGUACGACCACUGCUUUGA